AAACGUCGGUGUUAACAGUAAACUGUAAAGUACUCAAGUUAUCAAACACGAAUAGACCGGGUUUGAUAUUUUUGAAAAGUACUCCUGAUGAAUGAGCAGUAAUUACAUAUAAUAUUCUUAUACCGGUAUUGGUAGUCUUGGUCCAGUUUAUUUCGUUCGAAAAUUCGGCUGACAUUAAACAUGCGCCGUGUUUUGAGUCGUCUUGUGACUCUCGGAUGCACAUGUCCGAGAAAAAUCGACACGCUCAUCGCACCUGUUUUUGGACUUGUCGUUCGACCGACUAGACCACAUUCUGUGUACUCGUCAUCGUUCAAACGUUCCUCAGCCGUGUUCAUUGACAACGAAAAUUCGAACGCGCACAAUACCAUGGUGAACGAUCCUGCGUAUAGCAGAACUGUCGUUAGUCGUGAUAACCGAAUAGAUUUGCCCACCGUAACGGAAGCCCAAUUUCGCGACCUGAUCGCCGAAAACUUUCGGCCGAGCACAGCCGAGAAGACGUGCGAUGAUUUCCAAAAGGUUACCGCUUACGCGAUCAGCAGUGGUUUCGCUCUGGUGGACGCGACUUUGGACACAUUACGCGAACAAUUGGUUGCUGUCCUACCGACCAUGACCGACGAUCAGUUGAUCGCCGUAUUCAAACUAAUUUCGCUGUGGAACACGAAAGACGUGAACGAUCCCAAAUAUAAAAAAUUGUGGUCGUUGUUUGACGAGCAGUGUAUCGAGAGACAUCAAAAUUGGAGUGUAGACAAACUUUUAUUGGUCAUGGAUCAUUGGUACAUAAUGAAUUUAUUGAGGUUCAGUGAAUUUGUAAUGGUAGGCGUCAGUAAAUUGGCCAGUAAACCCUUUAGGUAGGUUUGUCGGAUGGGUACCUCGGUACACUUUUUAUUAUGAAAAUGUAUCUAUGCGAAAUUUUAAUUAACAAUAUUAUUUUAUCAAUCGAAAGCGACCAAACUGUACAAACAUUAUAUUUUAACCUGUUUUAGUAAAAAUCAUAAAUAUUUUAGUAGUUAUUUGAUGUAAUAUGUGCAUUUUAUUGUAGUUGUAAUUAAAGAAUCUAGGAAAUAUAUACAGUUGAAACAAAUAUAGGUACAAAAAAGAAUAUAUAUUUGUUUUUAUAUUAUUCUAUAUAAGUAUACAGUGAGUCCCACUUUUUUUAACAUUUUUAAAUUAGUUUUGCUAUUUAUGUCAUAAACUUAUACACACUGUUCUAAACUACAGUCAAUAACAGCUAGGUAAUACAAUUAUAUGCAGUAAUGAAAAAUGAAUAAUAUAAAAUAUAAUAAUAAUAUAGCUAUUAAAAAUAAUAUUUAAAAAACAUGUACCUAUUGCUCAUUUUCCAUAUGCCUUUCUUCAUUUGCUUUUUUAAAAUUGCCUUUUUACUACCAUAAAUAAGAGAUCUACUACUACAUUAGGAAUGCAGAAUAUAGUUUAAUUUUUAUAUUAACAACAGGUUAAUGUUUAGUAAAAAUUAACUUUCAAUUUAAGCCAGUUUAUGGCCUUCCAUAAAACUAUUUUUUAUCUAUUCACUGUUCAUAUUAAUAUACACAUGAUAGUUAAUUUUAUUUUCAUAUUGUGAAUAUGAUAUUAUCAUAUAGGUAGGUACUAAUAUUAUUUACUUAUAUAUUUAUAAGACCAAAUUUAAAAAAAAAAAUUUGUAAAAAUAACUAGCAUAUAGAAAAAAGUAUUAACAAUUUUAUCUUUGGUUCUUUCAGAUUGACUCCCAAGCAAUUGGUUCAGAUGAUGUUUUAUGCAAAUGCCAGUAGAAAAUUUUCACCCUCACUUCCAAUGUAUGAUAUUGAACAACAUAUUUGUUCAAAUUAUAAUGAAUUUAAUAUUAAGGAAUUGGGUAUAAUAUCUUUAGGUUUCUUCAAAACUCAAACACAUAUACAGAGUCAGGAACUGGUGAAAAAUCUGUACACUUCCAUAAUUAAUCAAAUUAUAAACAUUAAUAGUUACGAGUUAGCAGCAUUUUUAAAGGUAUUUGUAAAAAACAAAAAAUAAACAAGUAAUAUUGAUUUAAUGAUUUAAAAUAAUAAUGCAUAUUAUACCAUUGAUACAGUGGUGUGUAUUCAAUUUUGUUCUGGGAGGAAAGGGGUUAAAAAAUAAUACAUGGUAUGUAUAAAAGGGAAGGUUAUUAUAUUAUAAUAACCUUUUUUUUUAUACCUAACUAUAAUUUUUUUGAAAAAUAAGAAAAAUUGUUUUCUUAAUAAUCAAACACAUAUAGGUACUAUUAGUUAAUAAAACAAAUAAAAAUAUUCACAAAACAUGGUAGUUGAUUAUUAUUAUUAAUAUUAAAUAUUGGUUGGUUUUUCAUACAAUUGGUAUACAUUGUCAUUUUUCCAUUAUUCAAAUUUUCCUAGAUCCCCAAUAGUAUAUCAGGCCAAAAAUUUUGCUCAACAACAUUCUUUCAAAUUAAACAAUAAAUUACCUAUAAUAUAAUAUUACGUGAUUAUUUUUUUGGCUUUGGGCGGUUUAAACCAAAUCAUAAAUUCCUACAAUUUCACACUGCAAUGAUCAUAAAAAGUACUAUUAUUAUAAUAUAAUCCAUGAUUAUAUCUAUUAGGUUUUCAGAGCAAUUAAUUAGAUAAAAAUAUAAGUUAAUUAAUAUCAUGAAGAUAUACUCCAUAAUCCACCAUAUAGUCUAUAUGUAUUUAACCUUUAAAAUCUACAAACAUUUUUCAUAUUCAAGUCUUUUUAAUUUUUUAGUAGUACGUAUAAAUUUGAUAUCCGAAAUAACAAAAACUUUUUUGAAUGCACCAGGUUUUUCAUUUUUAUCAAUAUCAUUUACAAUGCUUGGCCCAUAUACUUUUAACAUAAUAUAGUCGCAAGCAUAUUAUAUUUUUGUUUUUAAAUAUAUUUUAAUUUUUGGACUCUCAUAUUGUUUUAUUAAUUUAUUUCAUUUUAGCAUAUUUUCUUUUACAUCAGGCUCUGGACAGAGGCAUUUUUGUAUUGUAAGAUUACUGAUGCCUUAUUUGCUUGUGUGAUAUUUAUUUAAAAGACACUAUUUAAAUAAUUUGUAUGAUCUUAUAUUACCAUUAUAAAUUGUGCACCUUGAGGGUGUCUAUAGUUGAGAGGCUAGUGAGGUUCGUGUUGGUGGCAUGUGGUAUCCAAAUUAUGGUCACUCCUCCCUGGGAUGAUGUUCUUACCGGGUGUGCACUAUUACUCAACUCGUGACACAUACUUGUGUGCGCCUAAAACCCGUAGUCAACAUUUUACCUGUUGCUAAUAUGUUAGUAAUCAUUUACAAUUUAUCAGAAAAGUCUGAUAAAUCCAUGUCUCCAUGUCAAGAAACUGUGUUCUUUUUUUAUUUUACACCAGCUGUAUCACUGAAUUAUCUAAUUCAAAUAGAAAUAUUGAACAUUUCAACAUAACACCAUUAUCAGAAAAUAAUAUAACAACUAAAUCAAAUAAUAUUAUUUAUCAAAAUUUUAUAGGCAAUAUUAUUGUAUUUGUGUUAAAUCUAAAUAUCUUAUAUAUAAAUAAUCUUUAUUUAUUCUAAAUCUUAUGACAUUCAUGUUUAAUGUUAUAGAUACUCAGAUACUGCACAAUGCAUAAAAAUGCUGACUCUAUGUAUAAACUAAUGGACAUCCUAACAGAAAAAGUUGACAAAGUGGAUCUAGUAUGUUGUACACAUAUGGCAUUGUUAGGUACCAAUUUAUUGAUCAGGCACAAAGAGCUUUUGAAGAAAAUAUCUCAGCAGAUGAUUAAAAAAAUAUCACAGGCACGAAUAAAGGUGAAAUCAAUUAAUUAAAAUUCAAUUUAAUGUGAAAAUUUGUAUUUUUUAUAAAAUUUAUAAUUGUUUUUAAGGAUAUAGAAAGAAUAACACUGGCAUUAACCAUGUUGAAUUAUAAUCCACAUACAACACCUUGUAUUUUUGAAAUGGUUGUCAAUGAACUCAGAAGUGAUUCAAGAAAUAUUGAUUUUGAAAUUUAUACCAAAUGUUACAUUUCUACAUUAAUGUCCUUAGCUGUGAAUGGUAUAUUUCCAUAUGAUUGUAUUUCAAAGGCACUACAAUAUGAAACUCUUAUUAGAUGUUAUAGUGAGUUUAAAAUAAAUAAUAUAUGGAUUAAUAUAAAUAAUAAUACAUUUUAUAUUUUAUAAUUUUAAUAAGUUACAUUAGACAUUCUCCCUUAAAGUAUCAAAGGGUUACUUGAUUAUUAUAGUGGUUUUGAACUUUUAAAUUUUUGUUGGAUUUAAUCAAACAUUUUUUUUUUUCUGACAACCUCACAUCCUUUAUAGUUAUUUAAAUAUAUUUGACAACCUGUUGGAUAGAGCAUAUAAUAGAGUAAAAAGCCUGGAAUAUAAACCCAGGACAAAAAGUAAUAUUAUCAAAGACAAAUAUGGGAACUUACUAUUUGAAAAUGAAAAGAUAGCCGGACGAUGGAAAGAAUAUUUAGAAGAGCUAUACGAAGGAGAAGAGAUUAUUGAUGAAUUGAAUUAUUUAGAACAUGAGGAAGAAGUUAAUCCUGAUUACAAAGAACCUUCUCUGAUAAGAACUGAAUUUGAUUGUGCACUGACCACAUUAACCGACAAAAAAGCAACUGGUAUAGAUGACAUACCUGCAGAAAUAUUGAAGAAUUUGGAUGAACAUACCAAAUCACUGUUAUUUAAGAUUAUUAAUGAGUGCCACGAAACAGGGAAGUUGCCAAAGGACUUUAUAAAGAGUAACUCAAUAACAAUACAAAAGAAAGGAAACCCAACCAACUGUACUAAUUAUAGGACAUUUACACUAUUUAUCACAUGCCUCGAAAAUACUUCUUAACAUCAUUAAAAAUAGGCUACAAGGGAAAAUAGAAGGUCAGCUAGGAAAAGAGCAAUUUGGGUUCAUGAGAAAGAGAGGAACUAGGGAAGCGAUACUAAUAAUAGAGACUAAUAAUAGAAAGACGGUUGGACCUUCCAACAUAUAUAACAUUUAUAGAUUUAGAAAAAGCCUUUGACAAAGUAGAUUGGCUCUUGCUGUUUGGUACAUUAAAAAGAAGAGGAAUUGAUUGGAAAGACAGAAGGAUUAUCCUGAGACUAUACAAGGAUCAAGCAACACUGAUAGAUAUAAAUAGAACCAUAAAGGAAGCUAAUAUAAGAAAAGGUAUGAGACAAGGCUGUCCCUUGUCGCCUUAUUUGUUCAAUCUAUUCAUAGAAGAAACCACGGAAGAAAUGAAAGAGGUCACCAAUGGUGUAAGAAUAAACGGAGAAGCGGUACACAGUAUAAGAUUUGCAGAAGACAUUGCACUGGUGGCAGAAAGUGAAGACAGCAUGAAUCUCAUGCUUAACACAUUAUAAUGGGUUAUGGAUAAAUUUCAUAUGAAAAUAAACGCUACCAAAACAAAAACAAUGACAACCCGAAGAGAUCAAAUAUACACCAACCCAGUUAUAAAAUUAAACAACAUUAUAAUCCAAGAAGUUGAACAUUUCUCCUAUCUGGGAAGUAUAAUAACAUAUAAUAAUACAUCCACUAUGGACAUAAAAAAAAGAAUAACUUAAGCUUAACAAACAUUCAUAAAGAAAAACAGUUUAUUAACUAUCAAACCGAAGAAAAAAUUCAUUAAAACAUUUGUGUGGAGUGUGUUACUAUAUGGAUGUAAAACUUGGACUAUCAGGAAAAAGGAAAAGGACCGCUUAGAAGCAAUGGAAAUGUGGAUUUGGAGAAAAUGAACAAAACAUCAUGGGUUGAAAGGAAAACAAAUGAGCAAGUGCUGAAAGAUGUAAGCGAAAAAAGGAAUAUAAUAAAACACAUAUUAAAAAGGAAAACGAAAUUAAUAGGGCACCUAUUCCGACAUAACACAUUUAUGAAAAAUAUCUUCGAAGGAAAGAUCUUGGGGAAAAGAUCUAGAGGACGCCCAAGAACACCAUAUUUCCAAGACCUCAAACAUCUCAUGGAGGUCACAACAUAUUCAAAAUUGAAAAACAUGGCAAAUGACAGACUUAUGGCUAUCACGCCAAGGCGAGGCCUUUAAAUGAUGAUGACCCUGUUGGAAUUAUAAAAAAAAGUAUUUUAUGUAUUAAUUUAAAAAAAUGUAAUUUCCUGGUGAAAAAUAUUUGUGAAAAAAGUUAAUUGGAUAAACCGAAGUAAUUUUAAUGUUUGAGUUAUGAUUUAUUUAAUAUUAAGGUAAAGUUAAACAAUAGUAAAACACUGUAUCAGCAUAUUAAUUAUAUAAGAUGUAGAAUAUAGUAAAUACAACUUAAUUAAAAUAUUGUUUUAAUUCAUUAAAUCUAAUGAUCUAACUGAUUUAGUUCUAUCUCUAAUAAAUCAUAUAAUAAUAAAUAAGAUAAUGAAAGUAAUAACAACAUAAAUCAAGGUAUAAAAAUAUACUUGCAUAUACCUACCCAUUAAUUAAUAAUACUAUUUUAAGUUUUUAUUAUUAAUAUUUAUUAUUUUAUAAAAUGUACAAAAAACUUAAAAGAAGUGUAUAAAUUAAUGUCUAAAAAAAUCUCUAAUUUAAGAAAAUUAACUUAAUUCCCAUAAUUUUCUCUAGUUAGAAAAUUUUGAUGAUAAUAAUAAUAAGACAUUCAUGUUAAAAUUAAUAUAUACUCAUUAUAAUAUGUACAAUUUUAUUGUGUUUCACUCAUUAAAUCAGUGAAUAUACUAUUGUUCAAUAUUAAUUUGUUAUAUUAUCCUAUUGAUAUUACUAGCUAAUUAUCAUAUAUAAAAUAAAAUAAAUAAAUAUCAUAUUUUAAAAAUAUGACCACCUACCUACUUGUAAAUAAAUACAUUUUUCCUUAAUUAUUAGUAAAGUAUUCAUAGAUUUAUGCAUAAAUAAACAUUCUGGGAUAAUGGGGAUGGAAGCAGCCACUGUUAUAGAUAAUGUAAUGUAUAUUUUUAAGUAACAAUACACCAUUGCUUAUAAAAAAAGAUUCUGAGCAGAAUUCAGUCGAUAGUGAUAUGCUUUAUCAUCAAUAUAUAUGUUAUUUUAUAGUAAAAUAAUUAAAUAGGCUUUAUAUAUUUUCUAUAAUAAUAUUAGUUUAAUGUUGUACUGAUUUCCUCAAUUUCCUUACAUUUUUCCUAGUUUCUCACAUUUACUAGGAAAACUUGAGAAAAUCAAAAAAUUACCUCUUAAAGGUACUUCACUACACCAAUUUCCUUUCAGAAAAGUUGUUACAUGUAAAAUAUCAAGCAAGUCCUCAGGUAGAAAAGUUGUCCACAGAAAAAAAAAUAAGCAUCUUUGUAAAACCAUUAGCUUCUUUGCUCCACUCAGAAUCUAAAAGUUAAAUAAUAUAUACAUUUGUAUUCUUAUAAAAUAGUAUAUAGGUGUAAUAAUAAUAGAAAACAUAAUUAAUUUUCUACCCCGAAAUAGCUAUUCCUUUUUUAAAAAUGGCAUGUUUAAAAUUAUUAUACAGUGACAUUUGUGUAAUAUUAUAAUAAAUUGGUUUUGUGUGAAUGUUUUGAUAAAAUAUAUUUUAAAAUUUAAAUAAUGUUUAAUAUUAUUUUAUAUUUGUAGAAAAAGAAUUGUCCAAAUCCAUCCUUCCACGUGAUGUUCUGAGCUUAAAUAACAGUGUAAUUAUUGAAUGUCCAGAUUACUCUGGCCCAUUAUUAUCAGUGGAGCUGAAUAAAUCUUGUAAUGAAGUAAGCUAAAUAAUCAGUUUAAUUCAGUUAAUAUAAAUACUUAUUUUAUCUUUUAUAAAUUAAAUUAAAUUAAGGAUUAAGAUUUCAUGUGUACUUAAAUACACAGAUACAUGUGUAAUUAUGAAAUCUGUGUGUUGAACCUUAAUUAUUUAAUAAUGCAGGUGUACAUGUAUAUUCUGGUACUUUUUAUACUCUAAUAUUUAGUUUAAAAACAUUCUUGUUUAUGUAAAAAAACCUUUUACCCAGUGUAACUUAUAUCAUAUACAUGCUGACAUAUGAUUUCAUUUGAUUUGAUUUGCUAAAAUAUUGGUAUUAUUCAAAUUACACAGGCAUUAUUAAAUAUACAUAUAGUUAUAAGUGUGGGUUAUUAACUCACACUCUAAUUUCAAUGUAUAAGUACAACUUUUCUUGCAAUCAUUUUUUGUUAAAGAAAAUGAUUGUUUAUUGUUUAAUAUAAUAAACAUUUUAUACUUGUUUUGUAAAAAAUAUUAUAUAUAUUAACAUUAUAUUUAAAUUUAUAUAUUUUUUUGAAUUUUUAAGAUUCAAUAGUAAUUUUAAAAAAAAAAAAGUUUUUUUUUUCUUAUAUAAUAUUAUAAUUUAUUUAAGUGAAUUCAACUAUAUUACUAUUAAAAUGUAUAACAUAGUAACUUUUGAUAUAUUCACUGUUUCAUAACCUCUGUGAUAUAUUUGUGAAAUAUUAUAAAAUGUAACAAGAUAAGUAAAUAACAUAAAGAAAGGUUUAUUAAUAAUAUGGGAAUUUUAACUUUACCAUUAACCUUCCAGUUCGUAAGUUAUUAUCUAUACAACUAUCAUUAAAUUAAAAGAAAACCAAAAAAUAGUUGAUUUUAGUUUAUAAAUUAGAAUUUUGUUAUUACAUUAUAUAUUAAGAUUUAAUAAAUUUCAAAAAUAUUUAUGGUAAAUAUGACUAAUAGUUAUACCUAUUAUUACAAAUUUAUAAUAUGUCAAUUAAUGAAGAAAAUAUUAAUAUCCCUUUUUUAAAAAUUAAUAUUUUUUAUGUUUGUAGAAGAGUUUUUAACUUACAUUUUAUUUAUACUGUAUAUAUUUUUUAGCAUACAGCUUCGCACAUACCUACUUCAAGCAUAACUGUUAAAAAAACAGUUGCUGACAGAAAUUUCUUAAAACUAUACAGGGAACUUUUGCUAUUAUUUAAGAAUGAAGCUUAUCUUCAUGUAUGUUAUCCUCUGCCACAUCAUCCAAAGACAGGCAAGUAUUUAUUAGGAUGGUUCUUAUUUAAAUUAAUCAAAAUAAUUUAAAUUUAUUUUGUGUCUUGGGUAUAUAAUUUCAUUAGGUACUUUUUACAAAUAAUUUUUGUACAUAUUUUGUAAAAGAACCUCAAAAAGGCUGUAGUAAAAAAAAAACGUCAAUAUUUGAUGUUUACACUUUAUAUUUUUGAUAUUCAAAAAAUGUUAAGAAAUUAUAUCUUAUAAAUAAUAUUUUCUUCAAAACGUGUCCUUAAAAUUUCUGGCAUUAUGUUUAUAUACUAAUUACAUGUUGGUGUGUAUUAAAUUUAAAAUCUAUCAUUUUAGUAAAUUUUUGAUGUUCUAAGUUUUUAAAAAAAAGGUGAUACUGGAGACUGGUAUGCCACUGUUGCAGGCGAGGAGUUAGGAAGAUAGGAUACAAACAAUUAUUUAAUUAUAUAUAUAAGCAAUGAUAAAUCAUUGCUAAUGAAAAAGAAUUCUGAGCAAUCUUAAAUUAAUUUUUUUUUUUAUUCAAUAAUUAUGAAUUUCUGUUUAUUCUGAGUAUCUACCAAAUAAAAAUUAUGUGAACAAAUUUGCUAAAUUAAAAUGUCUAUAAGUAACUCAAAAAUGGCUUAAAUAAUUUAAAAAAUGUCACCUAAAACAAGUAAAUAAAUUUCAAGUCUAUUGUUUAUAUGUUUUUAUGUUUUCUAUUACUAAUUUGUAUAUGAUUUUUGUAAUUAACAGAUAUAUUAUUUUGUAUUGAUACAAAGGGCAGACCAAUUAUUAUUCCAGAAAUUAUGAAAAAUAAAAUUGUGUUCAAUGAAUUUAAAAAACCACCAGAAUUAGGAAAAUGGUUUGCCAUUAUGAUUCUUGUGAGAAAUUCAAUUUUAUUCCAUAGCGAUGAAUAUAAUGGUCUGACAGCAUGUAAAAUUAGGCAAUUAACAAAACUUGGCUAUAAGCCUAUUUUGGUAAGAAUUUUAAAAUGUUUGGACCCACUGAUGUGCUUGUGCCUGGUAUUAAAGCAUGUUUUUCUACAAAAUAUAAUUUUUUCUGUUGAAAUGAUUAUAUUUAUAAUUCUGUUGAAUUAAUUUCAGUUCAAUAAUUAUAAUUUUGUCAUCAUUUAAAAACAAUUCAAUUUCAAAUUUUACUUGCUUUUUAAUGUAAAUAUAUACAGUUCUGUUUUUUUUUUUUUUUUUUUUUUUUUUUUUUCAUUGAGUUAAUUAUUGUUUGAAUAUCUAUGCAAAUAGUGGUUCCCUCCAUGUCAUUCAUUACUUGUUUUUUCUUAUUGUGGUUUUGAAUAAUUCAUGUUAUGAACUGUUCUCUUGCAAUUGACUGAAGAAUAAAUUAGACCAAUUUUGUAAUAUAAAAUCAGUAAUAUUUUUAAAAUAGAUUAUAAUUUAUAAUUCCUAGUUUAAUUCAGUCAUUUUUCAUAAUUAUGUUUGGCUAUUUAUUAUUUUCUUAAAAUUAUGGUACAUGAAAAGUAUAAGUCACUUCUGUAAUUUGUUUUUUUUUUUUUGUUAACAGUUAAAAAUAUAUACAAUUAUGAAUUUAACUUAUAAUGUAUUUGCAUUGUGGAAUCUGAUUAAAAUUACAAUUGAAAAAAUUAUACAAUUUUUAGUGAACCUUGCUUUGUGCCAAACAAUAUUUAAAAAAUAAUUUUAUUAUUUUACAGUGGACCAAAGAUGACUAUCAACGUGAUAUCCAUAUUCAUUUUCGUUUGUUGGAAAAACUUAAAGCACACGGAGUAAUUUUAAAUUAAAAAUGCCUUUUUUUGUUUAUUUUGUUAAUUUAAAAUUAUAGAUAUAUUAUAUACAUUAGUUUUCCUUGAUAGCUAGUAUAAAAAAAGAUUUACUAUUUAAUUUUUAUGUCAAAAAUGUCUAAAUAUAUAAUACUUUUAAGAAUUUUUUAAUAUUAUAAUAUUUAUUAAUUAUAUAAUAUGUAUUGUACAACCAGUUUCAAAUUAAAAAUUCAUCAACAGGU